AUGACCGACCUACCGGCCCAUGCCUCACCAAAGCUCGCCCCGCGCUCCCUCCCGAGCGAAGAUGGACAAUUGGAUGAUUCGAACCAGGGGAGCAACACAGCAGACGACCAAAGGCCAGCUGUACCGAACUCAUUGCUGUCGCCCGCAUUCACCCCACCUGCUACCCCAGGUGGCACAUUGAACUUGGAUUUACAUCCCACUUCCGUCCUUCACAAAACCCAAACAGCAGAUAUCCACAAUAAGAGCGAGGAUGCCAAAGGCCCCAAAUUACUCCCGAAGCUACCAGCAGUGGAAUGUAUUGUGCGAGCGCGAAUCCCGACAACCAACGGAGCGGAAAUGUUCCUGCACCUCUACCACAAUGAUUUAGAUGGAAAAGAGCAUUUGGCCAUUGUAUUUGGAAACAAUAUUCGCAGUCGGAGCUUAGACAGCGUCCGGCCAGGGGAGACCGAGAUGGACCGAAUGAUCCGCGGCGCUUACGUUGGGAAAUUGCACCCAGGUCGAGUCAGUAGCCGGUAUGAUGAGAAUCUAUCCGGGUCAGCCUCGACGCCAAAGCAAAUUGAGCCGCCGCUGGUGCGAAUCCACUCGGAAUGUUAUACGGGCGAAACAGCGUGGUCGGCACGGUGCGAUUGCGGCGAGCAGCUAGAUGAGGCGGCGCGCUUGAUGUCUUUCCCCGUUGAGGGUCUUGCCUCUGAUGCGCCACCGGAGGUUCAGUCCCUCUCAUCCCAUUCGACAGGUGGUGUGAUUGUUUACCUGCGACAGGAGGGUCGUGGAAUCGGUCUUGGCGAGAAAUUGAAGGCAUACAAUCUUCAAGAUCUCGGGUCGGAUACCGUUGAGGCAAACCUUUUGCUUCGCCAUCCGGCUGAUGCACGAAGCUAUGGGCUGGCUACAGCCAUAUUGGAAGAUCUUGGUUGUGGCGUGGAUGCCAUCCCAGAAGGAAUUCGUCUACUUACCAAUAAUCCUGAUAAAGUCCGCGCUAUCGAGGGCCCCAACCGGGAAGUUCUUGUAAAAGAGCGGGUGCCGAUGAUCCCAUUGGCAUGGCGGACUGGCGGCCAGAGAGGAAUUAAGAGCUCUGAGAUUGAAGGAUAUCUUCAAACUAAGAUCUCGAAAAUGGGCCAUAUGAUCCAAUAA